AUGCCUUCGGGUGUGGAUGAGUCGGAGAGUGUUGCCUCUGCCAUCCAUCGAUUUACCCCCGACGUCCAAGAUCCGAGCAGUGCGAGGGAGACAGCCUUGGCUUUUCUGACGACUUUCUUCGCGACGCUGAACAGAGACGACUUGCUGUACCCUGGCAGCCCUGGAGUCUACAGACGGCGCUGGGACAAGAUCCUCGCGCUCCUGGGUGUGCCUGCAAAGCUGAAGCUGACUCCGGGAUCCCUUCGGGCAGGAGGGGCCAUCUGCGCAUUUCAGCGAGGGGCUUCUGUGCAAGAUUUACUCUGGCGGAUGAGAUUGCGGAGCCUAGCGACCUUGGAGUUUUAUCUUCAAGAGAUGUCGGCCAUCUCAAUCCUUCCCGAGCUGAAGGAGGCUACGCGUCGAAGACUGCUUGCAGCGGCAGCCAUCUACAGUGGUGUGAUGGCGGGCUUUCCAAGGCCAUGA